UUUUUUUUUUUUUUUUUGCUUAUGGCUGUAAACUUCCAUGACCUGAAACAAUCUGCUGUUCCAGCCUUGCACAAUGCCCAAUGAAAGCCUGGUACUGUAGACGUUGUGGUAGCCUGGAAUAUAAAUUUUACCAGGGAGAAGAUGCCAUUCCACCAUGUAACAGCUGGCUUGUUGUACAAAGGCAACUACCUGAACCGAUCACUCUCUGCUGGCAGUGACAGCGAACAGCUAGCAAAUAUCUCGGUGGAGGAACUGGAUGAAAUCCGUGAGGCUUUCCGGGUACUGGACAGGGAUGGGAAUGGCUUUAUAUCCAAGCAAGAGCUGGGCAUGGCAAUGCGCUCUUUGGGAUACAUGCCCAGCGAGGUGGAGUUGGCAAUUAUCAUGCAACGCCUCGACAUGGAUGGGGAUGGCCAGGUUGAUUUUGAUGAAUUUAUGACCAUUCUGGGACCUAAGCUGGUAUCGUCGGAAGGCAGAGAUGGCUUUCUGGGAAAUACAAUAGACAGCAUAUUCUGGCAGUUCGACAUGCAGAGGAUAACGCUGGAGGAGCUGAAACACAUCCUCUACCAUGCGUUCCGGGACCACUUAACGAUGAAGGACAUUGAAAACAUCAUUAUCAAUGAAGAGGAGAGUUUAAAUGAAAACUCUGGCAACUGCCAAACAGAGUUUGAAGUGCACGCGCAGAAGCAGAACAGACAGACCUGCGUACGGAAGAGCCUUAUCUGUGCGUUUGCCAUGGCCUUUAUUAUAAGCGUGAUGUUGAUUGCGGCCAACCAGAUCCUCCGGAGCGGCAUGGAAUAGCCUCUCGCCAUGACACUGUGAACCAAACUGACCAUGCAUGCGCAUGCCACCGGGUGAGCUUUUCCUGAUCCGACUCUCACAAGGGAAAGAGACAGAGGCAGGCAGAUAAAGCAACAUUCGACAGGAGCCUGAGGCCAGCAGCGUAAUGUGUCUUGUGAAUCAACUACAUCCUUUUGGCAGGGACAUAAAAGGGCUGUCUUAAUGCUUUAAAGGUUUUGUUUCCUAAUGCAAUAAAAAAUAUACAGGAGUCCCGAAUUACUGCUUCAAAACAGCAAUGGUAACUUGGAAGACACUUUCAUCCAGCGGUCUGUUUUACAGUUUUAAGGAGGCACAGCCUCAUGACUUAUUUCAGCGUGGCUGUCUUUUAACCUAGGGGCCGACUGACUAUUUCACGUAGCUCUCCACUGGGCCCACCUUCCCAGGAAGUUGAUCGUAGCAUUGCCACAAGCAAGUCCUGUUUGUUUUAUUUCAUGUACUUCAGCUUCACUUUGUUUUUCCCUUAUGACCAUGCCUUUAAGUUUAUGGCAUUAGAGGGGAGCUAGAGCAUCCUUGUACAGUAUUUUCAAAUUAAAAAAAAAAAGAGGAGAACUUGCCAGUAUCAUGCAAAUUUUCUAUUUUUGGUCUAUAACCUCCGCCUUUGACACACAAGACUGUGGAAUAGCAUGAGUCUGUUUGUUUGCCAUUUUUUUCACCUUGAAUCAGGGCUUAAAAACACCACCCGCUUUCACACAUGGGCAUUUCUGAGAUUUGUGCACAGUCUUCCAACCGACUCUGCAACCACCAGCGUCAGUUAACCUCCCUGUAUUUGGUCCCAUCUUCACAUUCAACAACAUUUGCUUUCCAAGAGUUUUGCCCUUCCUCUAUAUUGGUCUUGAAUAACCUUAUCUGAGACCAGAAACACAAGGAAAGCUCUUUCUGAGCGUUUCCCUCCUUGUCCACUCAGUUUUUAUUUCUUUAAUUUUACACACCCUGCUUUUAACCUGUAGUGAAGCCUCUACGUCAGACGCCUUCUCGUAGGAGAAGUUAUGCUUUCGCCUUUGUGGUGGUGUGUGGUUUUGACCGCUCAGCUGCUCUGUUCCCUCCCAGGAGCCGUUGCACCACCACCGCCUCUUCACCCAUCCCAUGGAUAGGCUCGAAAGAGGGUAAGCUGAAAAGCAGCCUGCCGCGAGAGAAGAAGGAAUCAAACUGGAGCAUACCGCCAUAUGUUACGUAGUGUGUCAGACUUUCAGAUCCUGCAAGUGUUAUUUUUCCUGGAAGAGAUUUUAAUGAGCAGCAAGGAGAAGAUGGAGCAAUGCAGACAAGAGACACAACAAGUCCCAUGGAAAGCCCAAGGACUGCGCGUGCCUGAAGCCAGGAUUAUAUUUGAAAUUGUUUUCCUUUUAAACUCGACACAACCCUUACCUUUACCUAUAAAUGAACUGUGCAUCUGUGUGUCACCCGUGGGAGAGAUCCAUCUUCAUUGCUCUCUUGGAAGAGGUUUUCCGACAGUCACUCUGCAGAGACGGCGCAGGCAGCAUUCCCUCGGAGGUCCGCAGAGGCACCCAGACCUAAGAGCUGUGGUAGCUUCACGUUGCCAGCUGGGUUAGCUCCAGAAGUUUCAAGGAACAGUGAGAUCUUGCUCCUGUAAGUGUAGAUGACUGUUUUCUGUGUCACGAGAGGGGACAGGAUGGCUCCCAAGGGAUCGUAAACCACGCGCUUCCCUCGUCCUACGCGACAGCCAUCUUCUUAAGGCUGGGUCUGUCCCAAAGUGUGGUUCCAGGUCUUUCUUUGGUUACAAGCCUGAUCUAUAACAUUUAACCUAUGCUUUUUAGUAGCCUGAUUUGAAAAUCUGCUUCUUGCUGUUCUGUCUCCCAUCACCGCUUUAAAUUCAUGUCACCGCUUUUUUGUCUUUAUGUGUGUGUUUGUUUUAGUCACCUACCUCCACUACAUUACUGGUUUCCUGGUGCCCUCUCUCCAUCGUUGAAGACAGCUGUCUUUUCCAAAGCAGAUGAGUUAUUUUUCUGCCUGGUUUGAAGUUCUCUCUGUGUCUCUCUCUCUCUCGCACACACACAAACACACAUAUUUCUUUAUUUAUGUUCUACUGUGACUAAUAGAGUUCAACUGCAAAAUAUUCUGCAAAAAUUGUUACAUCUCCCAGAAGAUGGAGAGUUUUAUAUUUGCUAUAGGGCAGCAGCAGACUUCAAACUGACAACAGAAAAAUCUUAAGCAAGCUUUCAGUGCAUGAUUCACAUAGCCGGGGAACCAAUGUAUAUUUGCAGUGCUUGCUGCACCGGACAUUGCAGAAAACGAGCUUUGAGAUCUUUAUGAGGGAACUGUCAGUCACAUUUUCAGGUUUCAGGGCGUGUGAAAAGGUGGCAUCAGCAGAAAAAAGCCUACGUGUUACUUGCCACCGAGUGAUGCUUAUUAAGAUUUUUGCAGUUAUCUCCAGGAUGUUUCCAUGGUUUUGGUAUCCUGUUCCACUUCAUGGAGAGGAACCAGCCUUUGGGUAUAGAUGCAACUGCUGAACCGGGCUGUAGGGGCUGUUCUGGGACCUGUCCCACUCCCCGGUUGUUUCACGCAGGGCAGGAGUAGACCCAUGGGGCUAACCAGGAAAGUCCUCAGCCGUCCCUUGGAACUGUGCUGGAGUGCACUGGGACCAGCACCAGCUAGUGUGCAUGCCCAGCACCAACGGGCAGAGCAGCACAGACGAAGCGACGGAGAGGUAGGCUCCGUCCUGCCAGCCCGGUCAGCAGUCGCAGCCCCACAGGGCAGAGCAGUGGCUCUCUGCUUCCUCCAGAAACACAAGCUAAUACACAUAGAUCAGGCUCAUUGUCAGCUAAAACCAGCCAGACUCUAAUUAUUACAGAGCUACCUUAUGGACAACAUAGAUAAUCUUUUUCAUUCCUUUAAGCUUUCUGGAAGCCUCCAUGAUUUCUACAUGCAUGCUGCAUAAAAAGCUUUGUAAGUAGUUUUUCAGUAUAAUUCUUCAUCUUCAAACUCCACUUGUCAAACCAAACCUAUAAUUAUUAAUAUAUUGGUAAAAGCCAUAGCCUGGGGCCAGUAGAGUUUAUUGGAAAAUGCCUCACUGAUUUUACUGGGUACAGGAUUGGGGGGGUUGUUGGCUUUCUUUUUUCUUUUUUUUUCCUGGAGGGAAUCCAAUGUAUUCAUUUUGAAUCAGUGUCAUGUCUUGCCAGAGGACAUCCUUUUGUUCCUAGAGCUACCUUCCUUUACUUAAACACGUCUUGAAGAUAUUCCUUUUUGUAAUCAGUCAAGCUCUUCCAGUAGCUAGUGGCAAUGCAAGAUGGGAUCAGGCCAAGCCAUUCCAAACCUUCCUAUCCCAGUAACCUUUCUACCAGCACUUUCCCAUCCUUCCUAUCCAACAGCUUUUAGUAUUGGACCCAUCUCCUACUUCCCUGGCUCCAUUUACAUAACAUCCAUUUAUCUUUUUUUUUUUUUUUGCUUCUACACAAGAGGAAGAAAAAGGGCUUUUUGUUGCUUUUACAGACAGUAGGUAAAAAUAGAGCAGUAAAAUUUUGAUUGGAACCUGAUGGCAAAAGCUUAGGGGGAAGAAAGUAGAAGAAUCAAAGAAAUAAAAAUAAAAAACCCCACAUUCCAUACUUAAAAAAAAGAAAAAAACUAUUUAAGUGCGAAUUAACAUACUUUAAAAAAUACCCAGACUGCAGCAGUGCUAGGUAGAGCUGUCAGAAAAAGCACUAAACUUAUGCUCUUGCCAGUUACAGGAGAAUUUAAGUGUCUUUUCAGCACUGUAAUUCUGUACGAAAAGGAUAUUGCUAUGGCAACCCUCACUGUUCGUGACAUGUGUGCCACAGUGUCAUAGAGACAUGCAGCAAUUUAAAACAUGCUCACCAGUCAAACCAAGGCUGGACAACCGGCUCUUAAACAGCUUCAGACAGCGUUUCAGCUCACCGAUUAUUAGCAAAUUCUGAGCACCCUGAAGACAUCUGUAUUGGCUUAGGCCAAAAAAAAAAAAGUAGGAAAUUAAAGAGAUUGAGACACAGGGAAGGCUUUGGGGUGGACAUGGUUACUUUAGCUUGAGAGAGGCUUUGUUUGGGUUUUCUUUAGUUUGGGAACAAGUUAAAUCAAUGCGGUGCAAACCACUGCGUGACACAGGUGAGUGCCUCUCCCAGGCUUGUUGGGGCCCUUUGGUUUGAACCCAUGCAAGCAGGUUUUUAACAGAGGGAUCAAUCAGUCCUUGAUGGGAAAGAUUUCGAUUAUUGCUCCUACAAGGCACAGGUCUGCAUUGCUGAUGGGAGGCAGAGCUCAGGAUAAUCAUUUGUGGCUUUCACUUUGAAGGCAAAUCCCAGUUUUCAGGCAGUGCAAGGCAUCUGCUCCUAGAGAAGCCAGUGAAGAAACUGCAAGCACGUGGCGGUCCAAAAUAUAUCGGAGGCCACAGAGAAGCUAAUUACAGUCAGGCACAGCAAAAUCUGCUGAAGGAGUGUUGCUUACCUGCCAGAUCCAAAGCCAUAUGGUAAGAGCAGGAGUGAAAAAAGCCACAGCCGAGGAGCUCCCUGAAGGGAUGAGAGCAGCCUGGUGCCAGCAGCGGCCCUGGGUGAGCAGGGUCCCGCACACGAUGGACAGCACAACCUGAGGACUUCAUCAGGGCCUUGGACCUGAUCCUCUCGCCGGGUUUAACUCAGCCACUGAGAGAGGCAUUGUGGAUCAGAUGCAGUAUUGGCAGAAAUUUAAAGGCGUAUUAAAAAAUCACAAGGAGGCUGUGCAACUGGGAAUGCGCUCUUCUGUUAGGGAGACUUUGGUCCUUACACUUGUGGAGAUCAAAUAGGAUAAAAAAGACAGUUGAUGAGGAAAAAGUAAUUUUCUUUCAUGUUUAAUGGGUACCUAAAUGAGCUAGUAACUGUUAGAGGACACCCCAUCCUGGUGAAGGUGCUCAUGGACCCCUCAGAGCAAAGGUCACCUGUGAGCAGAAUGGGUGGUAGGAAACCUGGCUACCUGCCCCCUGCUUCCAGAUGAGCUAGAACUGAGUAUUUGGUUAUCAUCUGGUGAUUCAGAGAUAUUGCACAGAGAUGAUUCGGUGUUUAUCGGGAGCUCGCAUGUUGGAUAGCAGGGAUGGUGAAUUGAUUGGGCUAGGUGUUUGUUGCUUUAAAUGGGAGAUUUCCAACAUCUUUGUAUAAGAAAAGAUAUAUCUAUCUAUAUAUAUACACACACACACACACACGUGCACCUCUCAUAUAAGCUGAGGCCAAGUAAAUGGAAUUUUUUGGUCAUCUCCCCUAUGACAUUUGGUAGCAAGGAGUCAAAUCAAAAAGACAGUAGAAAGUAUUCCCAAGGAUGCUACUAUGGAUGGAUGAAGUUUGUGUGACAGCGUUCAAUUAGUAAAGUACCUACUGACAUACACUUCAUUCUGUGUAAAGCAUAAAAAUAUUCUUCCACAAAAACUGCAUGUUUCUGCCUGCCACAGAAGACCAGAACAUCUCCGGUGACAUGCCAGAGGACUGUGAUGGCCACCCAUGUCCAGUGCUGGCUCUGCUCGAGAUGAUGCACUCCUUUGCAAGGUGCCCAGUAUAAAGAGACUCGCAGCUUUUUCCAUGAAAAACUCUCGAGCCUCAUGCGUAAUGUGCGCAUGCACAAAUAGUGCUGUGAAGGGCUGUCAUCGCACAAAAGCGAAAGGUUCACAGUCCCAAGUCAGACUUAGAUCUGCGAGAAGAGAAGCAGUAGGAGGAAUACAUUAAGAUCACUAAGAAUGAAGUUCCCUAUUUUAUCCACCCGUGUAAUAAAUUAUUUAGCUUCUGCUUUAUAGAUGACUAUUUGAAAGAAGAAAAACUAAUUCUGCUAAUAUAAGAUUAUGAUAAAGUAUCUUCUUUCUUGGCUCUGAAUCACGCUCACAUUCCACAGACGAAGAUGUACAGAACUUGCUGGUUUUCCAUCUAUUAUUUUACUGUAGCGUGUUCUGACAGUGCAAUUACAUUUCCCUGGCAUCGCUUAAAACCUAUGACUUUCCCAGGAACUAAGGAAUUUAAUGCAGAAGAAAAGGCUCCAAACAUUUUCAUCUCUCUGUGUUGCCUGUUAUUAUCAGGAACAAAUCUUGUUUUUCUAUAGUUCAAGUAGGAUGUUUUAGGCAGCUGUAAGAACCUUAGAUGCUUCACUGAGAACAAGAUGGACAAAAAAUUUAACAACAUUUUAGUUGGAAGAGUACUCUAUUCCUACCUGUCCAGUGGCAAAAGUCUGAAAAACUGCCUGAAUUUGACAUUCUUCACCAGAAAAGAAUUUCAGCUCCAGAGGAGAAGAGGGAGAAAAAGGAAAUCCUCUGAAUCUAAAAAUUGGUAGUUGACAGUUUGAUUAUGAAAAUACCUUAUGGGGGUUUUUUUUUCUUUCAAGACAGACCAGAAUACUUCAUAGUCUGGAAGAGCAUUACUCAAUGAAAUUUCCAUUUUCUGAUCAAUUAUUUUCUACAGCUGUUCAUGGUCAUGAAUAAACAGCUUCAAACACCAUUAGUUUUACUACGUUUUAGGUGAGCUCCAUACUUCAAUUUUCCCAUAUCAGCUGGUCUUCUGUCUUAAUCAGUCAAGAAGUCAACAUUUGACCAUCCUCUUUGAAGCUCAUGAGCAUGCUCUAGUAACUAUCCCCUCCAGUCUUGCUAGCACUUAAGCAUGUCUUGUCACUCCUGUGAGCAGUCCCACCAAACCCAAAGGUACUGCUGACAUGUUUGCAGCAUCAGGCCCCUAGCGUUGCCAUUUAACAGUCACAUCUAAACAAAUUCAUCUAUUUUCAUAUUGCACCAACUCAAGAAUGGUAUUACAUUUCCUACCAUCUCUGUCAGAGGAGCCAAAGUUAUUUCAGCUUCUUUCAGCAGCUCUUGUUCUCUCAAAUUUUAAUUGGGGGUGGGGGGGGGGAGAGGACAAGAGCUAAAGCUGCUCUCAUUUUCCAGAGUAAAUCAGCAGUAACUCAUGAGAGUUAAUUGGUUUAAACUGGAAGGAGCCCAGAAUCCAGCCUGUUGCCAUUUAAUCCAUAGUAGGUUCUAAGUAAUCAAUGCCUCCUGAUUCAUCUCUAGGAAGUUCCUUAUUAAUAUAGGGAUCUCUUUUUUGUCAUUGUUUCAUCCCUCAACAUUUUCAAGCCAUUUGUCAUUCACUGUUAAAAAUUGACCAUUUUUGCUUGUUAACAUAAGUCAUGGCAUUUUAAUUAAAGAGAACAACUCACAAAGUCAGCAGCAUAAUGGUAAAAAAAAACACUUUGUACAAAACACUGUAAAUAUUAAUAUAAAUUAACUUGGCAUGCAACUUAAAUAAAUCCUAUGUUAUUGCAAGUUACCCAAGUGUAUAAAGAUGUGUAUAAAGGAAAACCGAAUGCCAUAUGUAUCAGCCGUUUCCUCUAACCAAACACCACUGUAAAUAUAUAAUCUGUAUAAAAAGAUUUUAAUUUUACCAUUAUUUAUGCAAUAGAAAUAAAGGUUUUUUUUUCUUUUGA